AUACAUACAUUUCAGAAUUCGCACUUGGUUGUUCGCCGUGAAGACAAGCAGUUUUCACUUUUUGCCGCGAAGAGUAGCACGACAGCACGUUUCAAGGCAGAAACUAUAAUUGCUCUUUGUAUAGUAUAUGAAAAAAACUUAUGAUAAUUUAAUGACUGUUAUAUUAUUUACUGCUUUGACGUUCAUAAAUAUCAUCUACUGUGUAAACAUGAUUAAACAUGAAGCCUCGAAACCGCUAGUGUUUUCGUGAAAAGGGCUAAGUACUCUUUGCGAAUUGGGGCAAAAGCUUGAACUGUGCUACUCUUAUUUGGGACGUGCUAGUCUUCGUUGGGAGCGACGAUAUAGCAUAAGUAUAUAUAUAUAGCUAAUAUAGCAUCUAUAUAGAUAUAUAGAUGUGGAAAGUUGAGAGUUGAGAUAUAUAUAUGUAUACAUGGCGUACUUACCUCGGAUGGAAUGCAUUGUAAUUUUGACAACACAACGAAUUGCACAGAUUUUUUCUCAUACGUAUCAAUAUCAACUCAACUCGGCUAUCAGAUCAACUUGUGAAAAUGAACAAGUGUUUAAGUAACUUAAAUGCUUCAAGUGACAACAGUACUUCAAUGUAGUACUUUUAUCACAUACAAUUAUAUAAAUAAACUCUGUGAACAUUGGAAACACCUAUGUUACAAAUUGAAAAUUGGAGCCAAAAUUGUUAAGUUUUAUAAUGAUGGAGACAAAUGAAAAUGAGCACUAUGUUGCAUAUUCCUUGGAUAAUGUAAAUGAAGGUUUGCAAGAUAAUAUAUCUCAUGAAGAAAUCUGUGAACCAGUUGACGAAUGCGUACUGCAAGAAGGUUUAACCGAAGUCACUGUUUGCGAUGAAAAUUCAGAUAUCACGGAUGCUCAAGUUGCUGUAGAUAUAUUAACGGAAAAUUCUCAAGUUGAUGCAGAACAUGGUGCUGUUGUGUAUCCCAUUUAUAUCAAGAAAAAAGUAUCACAACAGUUUACAACUGGAGAUGAAUCAAUGGCUGUGGAAGCCUUACGUCAGUUAGGUGGAAUGUAUCCUUGUUUUGAAGAUAAGAAAGUUACAUGUACGAAUUGUAGUAAUACUUUUAAACAAGCUGAUUCAGACAAGCAUCAAGCUACUUGUACAUCUGAUAAACAAAUUUGUAAGACAUGUGGUGAAAGAUUUGAAAGAAAAAUAGAUUUGAAUAAUCACAUGGUGUGUCAUCAAGUAGACCGACCUCAUGCUUGCAGAACUUGUGGAAAUCUAUUUCGAUCAAAAGCUAAUUUGCAGGCUCAUAUAGCUGAGGUUCAUCAAAUUGAACGUCCUCACAAAUGUUCAGUGUGUGGUGCAGAUUUUCAAAGACCAUCAAGUCUUUCCAAUCAUAUGAAAAUUCAUAGUUACGUUGCGGGAAGAGCAUUGAUGCAAGGAAAUAAUACAACUAGGAGUAUUGAAAAUUUCAAAACUAGAUCCAAUCCACAAGAUUCAUCAGUUCUAACAACUCAAGUUGAAGCAGGACAGAAUUUUGAAAUACCUCAAGUACAAUGGGCUGUGCAGACCUAUAAUUUCACCAAUGAUGAUCAAGGUAAUAUUGAAGGGAUUGUUAAUCAAUCUGACCAAGUUGAUACAUUACAAGAAUUCACUGUGUUACCAAAUGGCGAAGUAGCUCAGUUUGAAUAUACUACACAAAAUGCAGUUGGAAAUCAGAUUGCUCAAGAAUAUAGCUUAACUUUAAAUACUUUUAAUAGUUCCGAUACCAUAUUAAAACUAGAAGCUACUGGUUAUACCAAUGAAAAUAAAAGUGCUUAUGUUGAUGUAAAUAUGCAAGAAAAUAGAGGACAUACUUGCAGCCAAUGUGGGGUAAGUUUUGCACGUGCAUCAUCUUUAUCAUUACAUGAAAAGACUCAUACCAAAAGUGAUUUGGGCUCUCCUGUAGAGUGUGAAUAUUGUGAUAAACAAUUCCAAGAUUCAACUUUCUUGGCUACUCACCAAGCUUCUUGUGCCAAAAAAUUAAUGCAAAACAGUACAGAUAAAAAUUUAUCUAAUGCAAAAUGGGGCAAACAUGCUUGUUCAGAAUGUGGUAAAAAAUUUACUACAAAACAAAAAAUGUUUAGGCAUCAAUGGAUACAUAGAAAGAAGACACAUUCAUGCGAGAUUUGUGGUUCUCAGUUUGAAAAACAAUCUGAGCUAGAUGAACAUAGAUUGUCAGAACAUCCAGGGGAUUCACCCUUUACUUGUAAUGAAUGUGGGAAAAGUUUUGUAUCUCGCCAAGGGCUUUGGGAACACGGUAGAACGCAUGCAGGAAGCCCAGCUUAUUUUCAAUGUGACACAUGUUCCAAGACUUUUUCAUCUCGUCAAGGGUAUUUAAUUCAUCAUCGCACACAUACAGGUGAACGACCAUACGGUUGCAAAUUCUGCUGGAAAGCUUUUCGUGAUGGAGGAACUUUAAGAAAACAUGAAAGAAUACAUACAGGUGAAAGACCCCAUGUCUGCCCACUAUGUGCCAGAGCUUUUAAUCAGAAAGUAGUUUUACGUGAACACGUUCGAUGGGUUCAUGCUGCAGGAAAAAAUGAAACUGAUAUUACUGAGCCACCAUUUCCAUGUCCUUUAUGUGAAACCCUAACUCAAGAUCGAGAUGAACUGUGUGCUCAUAUUGUCAAACAUUCAGAUCAGUUGAUAGCAGAAGCUAAAGCUAAAAGUAACAAUGUGACUGGAAAAACAAAACCUCAGAAAAAGAAAGUUAAAGCGCUAGCUUGUAAGACAAAAAAGACUAAUUCGAAAGCAUCGGGUGGUAGAAUAAUUUCUGUGACAGAACAAGCUGAAGCAUUACUUUCAAUCACUGAACAAACAGAUGCUGCAGAAGAAACACCAAGUGCAUAUGUAGUAGUAAAAAAUGAAUAUGAUGGUGAAGUCUGUAUUAAAGCGUAUACACAAUCUAAUGACAUGAUUCAAAAUGAAUGUGAAACUGAGUCCAUCAAUGUUAUAGCUAUUGCUAAGUCUUCGAAUAAUAAAAAUGAAGAACAUAGCAUGCAUUUGAUUCCGUUAACUACACAAGGUGAAACCAUACAUCUUAUCUCAAAUAACAAUCAAAAUAACACAUUGCACUUUAUAUCAAAGCAAAACAAAAAUUCACCUGUUUUAACAAUUCCCAAUCCUCAAAAUAAUGAACAUUUUUCAAAUCAACUCACCCAAAUAACUGAUUCUGAAACUUCAAUGGAUGUUGAUAAAAAAGAUACUGAAGAGCUUCAUGCAGUAACCAUGUUGAUUGAUCCAGUAGAUACUAAUAAUGAACUCAAAUUUGAAGAAGUAAUAAACGAAGAGGAAAGUGAAGAUGAAAGUGAAGAAAUGAUAUGUGGCAUUUGUGGAAGUGACUUUCAAGACAAAAAUGUAUUAAUGGAACAUGUAAAAAUUCAUAUAUAAGUGUGCCUGUUAGAUGUACAUAUUUGUUACAUUAUAUUGAUUAUAUAUAAUACAUUUAGUUAUAUUAAAUUAACUCAAUUGUUUACUUUAUGAAUUUAUAAAUAUAAAAUCAAGUUUUACAGUCA